AUUCCCCAUCCGUUGGCAAUACUGCUCUUACUCACGCAGUUUUGUCAUUUCGUAUCGCCAGUGUUCGCGACCGUUACAAGUGUCCAGUGUCUCUGUUAUCGCCUUUUAACCAAAUCGCAGUGAAAUAGUGUCUUGGAUAAUCACUUUAUCACACCUUGUAAUGCAAUAGAAGAUUUCUGAAAGUCGAGCCCCGGAACAUUAACAUGAAAAUGGUUCUGUCUCAACGCCAGCGAGAGGAGCUUAACAAAGCCAUCGCUGAUUACCUCAGUAGCAACGGUUACAUGAACGCACUAGAAGCGUUCAAAAAAGAAACGGACAUGCCCGGCGAACUCGAGCGCAAAUUCGGCGGUCUUCUCGAAAAAAAAUGGACAUCUGUGAUACGUCUCCAGAAGAAAGUGAUGGAACUCGAAUCGAAACUCCACGAAGCCGAAAAGGAAUACAUCGAGGGGGCACCAACUCGCGGCAAACGCAGUCCAGCCGAAUGGAUCCCCAGACCCCCUGAGAAAUACGCCCUGACGGGGCACCGAGCCCCCGUCACACGUGUCAUAUUCCAUCCGUUGUUUAGUCUCUUUGUAUCGACAAGUGAAGAUGCUACGAUUAAAGUCUGGGAUUUUGAGACAGGGGAAUACGAGAGGACCCUCAAAGGCCACUCGGAUGCCGUUCAAGACGUCGCUUUCGACGCCACAGGAAAACUGCUAGUUUCCUGUAGCGCCGAUAUGUCGAUUAAAUUAUGGGAUUUCCAACAGAGUUACGAAUGCAUCCGAACGAUGCUCGGGCAUGAUCACAAUAUAUCAUCGGUGGCGUUCAUGCCAGCGGGGGAUUUUGUCGUUUCGUCAAGUCGCGAUAAAACCAUCAAAAUGUGGGAGGUUUCGACCGGUUAUUGUGUCAAAACCUUUACAGGACACAAGGAUUGGGUCAGAGUUGUGCGGCCAUCGCCCGAUGGUCAACUCUUGGCCAGUUGUUCCAACGAUCAGACCAUCAGAAUAUGGCAGGUUUAUACGAAGGAAUGUCGAGCUGAGUUGAGAGCACACGAACACGUUGUCGAAUUCGUAGCAUGGGCACCUGAUUCGGCUGCGAAUGCCAUCAAUGAAGCGGCAGGAGUCGAUAAUAAGAAGGGGGCACAUAUGGGACCGUUUCUGGCGUCGUGUUCCAGGGAUAAGACGAUCAGGAUAUGGGAUGUGGGCGCCGGCGUGGCUCUCUUCGUGCUGAUUGGCCACGACAAUUGGGUGCGAGGGGCAGUUUUCCAUCCGGGUGGUAAAUUUUUAGUGUCGGUUAGUGACGACAAAACGUUGAGAGUUUGGGAUUUGCGAAAUAAGCGCUGUUUAAAGACGUUAGAUGCUCACAAACACUUUUGUACGUCUGUAGAUUUCCACAAAUCACAUCCUUAUGUGAUUUCGGGGAGUGUAGAUCUAACGGUGAAAGUGUGGGAAUGCCGUUAAGUUAUAGUAAAACUUUUUUUUCACGGUUGCAGUGUAAUUUAAUUAUUUAAGCCAAAACAUUUAUUCCUUUACGAAAGGUUUUAUUUAGUGCAAAUUCAGUUAUUAAACUAUUUUUUUGUGAUUUGUUUUGUUUCAUUAAAAUUGGAUUUGAGGUCUGGAAUUUUUUUUCUUUUAAGUGUGAGUGACUUGUAGUUUCCGUUUAGAACAAAGUUUAUUUUUGUUAUAUUACGAUCGGUUUUUUUGUGAUAUAUUUUUAUUAGAAACUGCAAGUUAGUUAUUCUUAAUAAAUGCUUCAGAUAUUUAAUAAACAGGCAGUGGAUAUUGAUGAAGUUAUUAUUGACACGUCUCGGUAUUUUCUUGUUGUUUAUUAUUUUCGUUUGUUUCAAAUGUAUCGUGAUGUGUUGGAAAUGAAUUCAUGAAAAAUUGUAGAGCUUUUUCAGUUCAGUUAUUAGACACUAUUUAUAGGGGAAGAAAUUAAUAUCAUGUUGGUAUUAAUUUUUUGACAUUUUAAUGACAGUCGCAACUAGGUAACUAUAAUCCCUCUCAAUGUAGAUCUUGAAAAUGUAUAUUGCACAAGUCCCGCUUAAUCAGUGAAAAUUAUGUAUUUUUUUUAAUACUCAUUUCAUGUUUAACAAAUUGAUUUCCAGUAAUUGUUUUAAUAAAAACAUCCCAAAAUCGCUUGCUUACGAUGUAUAGUGGCACAAUGUUCGUAUAUAGCCUUACAUUGUUUUUUCGAGUAGGAUAUGUGAAUAUUUUCUUCUGUAUAUAAAAAUAAAAUUGUCUCCUUACAAGUUGUUUUAUUGCCAUCCCAGUCAAGACAAAAAGAUUUGAAUUUGGCGCUAAGGCGUAAAUGGCAUGUGUUGACACUUGCGCACGCGCUACUGGUUUUCAACAGCUGAUUGUAAGCAAAAAUUGUUUAUUUUGCAAAAUUACAAUUUCUGAAGUUUUUGAAAUAUUGUGCGACCAACUGUUUACUGCAUGAUGCACAUCGAGGACGAAUUGAUGGAAGAAUCAGUUGAUUUAAUCAAAGAAGAACUAAAAACGGAACAAGAGCCGUACAACAAACUUUCAUUAAAUCCGUUAAAAAUUAGCUCUAUGAAGAUGAAAAUACGUGAAAAAUUAGUCGUGCCGUGUGAGCCCAAACCUUUAAGUCCCGUUAAGAAAAUUAAAAUGUUGAGGAAAAAACCAAAACCGAUAAAUUUCACAAUUAGGAAUGAAACGGAAACCAAAAGUGAAAAUUUAGUCCAGCCCAAAGUGCAAACAAUUAGUCAGACGUUAACUAAUAACGGAAAAUGUGUUUCCACUGGUGAAAAUUUGACUGAAAUCACAAGAAACACGAAAAAUGAGCCAAAGACUGUUAGCCGUGCCCGCAAUUUUAGGCCGCGGAAUGCAGCAAUUCAGUUUAAGGAACAGCACCUGAAAAACCCCAGUGCCGCGAGACAAAUGUGGCGAGUCGCCACUGCAGUGAUAGAACAACAAAAAAAAGUUAUAGCAAAUUUGGAAAGUAAAAACGAGAGGCUUUGCAAGAGAAAUAAACUGCUAGAAGCCGCGCUUGACGACAUACAGAACUCGGCAAACACGCCCGGAAAUUGCUACAUUUUGCUCAAAAAACCGGGCGAAUAUUUCAUCAAAUGGGGUUAGAUUGGAUUCGUUGGAAAAGUUUUGUGGUUAAUAAAGCAAUUAAAACCUU